AUGGAAUCAAAUAAGCCACAGAACGAGCUUGAGCUCAUAGAUUCGGAUCUCUCCAGCGUCGUCAGCGAUGAUGUAUCUGAAGGGUCCCGAGAGCCCAUCCACCGGCUUAAAUUGGUUAACACUGUACAACUACUACCAAGUGAGGAUAGUGAACCUUUGGAUGUUGAAAUCAUCCACGUUAUUGGGCUAGACAAAGAGCGGCAGUUGAGACAUGAUACGAUACUCGGUGACACGGCAACAUCCAGAAGAAGGGAAUUUGUUUUUCAAUGCGAUAUCUCAAGCUUUCUUCUUGGGGACUUAGUCCUGGACACGGUCCAGACUCAGGCUGUGCAGUUGCUGGAUGACAUUGUCUCCCUGAGUGACAGCAAUGACAGCAGCAACACAAAGACAACCCAGCCCGCUCGAAUUUUCGUUGCCUAUGACUUGGGGGCUUUGGUUGUCAACAAGAUAUAUUCUCACUGCUUUCUGCGGAGGCGGGAUUUCCACGAAUUCGACGUGAAGGUUUGGGACUACUUAAAGACAGUCAAGGGUGCCCUUUGGGCAUCGCUUGUAGUUCCUGUCUGCGUCCGAUAUUUGACAGAUGCCAUGGUCGAAACUACAGAAUUAUUCCUCAGCUCCCGCAUCACCUUGCGUACUCGGGUUGUCAGCAUUUAUGCCAGCGAAAAUUCAAAGAAUGCUUAUGCAGUGUUCGAUAAAUUCACUUCAACACUUGGUGUAUCAACUGAGAUCACUGUGCCGGAGGAUUUCAACAGCGAGAAUGAGCCUGCUUAUGACCUGGAAAAUGCAGUGUGCUAUCGCAAGCAGAAUUGGAUGAGCAACCCGGAAUGGCUGGCACUGCAGCGAAUGCUUCUACCACUGGCACACCCACAACAUCAGUACGCCUCCGAGAAGUCUGAGUCUCCCCAUGAGGUGCUGCGAAGCAAGCCAUAUAAUGAUUGGAUCAUCGGACCCAAGUCGCCAGUCUUAUAUAUCCAAGGGAAGGAUGAGGAACAUUCAAGGUUUCUAGCUGAACAGGUCUUCCUCGACUGGAAGUCAAAACUCCAGGGUAGAAAGAAGUAUCACACUCCGGUGAUGUCCUUUUCCUUCUCAGCCGACGAUCCUGUUGACUCUGCAUUUCGCAAAUUAUCCAUGCCGAAGACGAGUGUUCUCCUUGAUAUGCACAAGUUUCACCGGGGCUGGACGUAUGAGGAUCUUCACAAUCUUUUCCUAAUACUUGUAUCCUCAGACCUUGAGAAUGGUGGGCUUUUGGUGUUGCAUGACGUUGACGAAUGCGAACUAGCAGGUCGGAAAAUGUUUUGGGAACUCCUUCAGAGCCGUGCGGACUUGUCAGAUUCAUAUAUCAAGGUCGUUGUAACAUCUCGCCGCAGGCUAUCAUUGCUGACAGACUCCGACAAAUCUAGCUUGUGGUACGUGUACAAUGAAUACGAAGGCACAUCGGAGCACUUGUCGGUAAAUCCAUCACCUCCAUAUGUGGCAAGAUACAUUCCUCGGCUUUGCCCCGGCGGCUACGGUGAAUCUCAAGUGAGAAAAGCCCUCCAGCUCCUCGAAUCCAUGGAUGGUUCCCUCUUAGAAGACAUCCUGUGCCUCAUACAAAGACACACUCAUUGGCCUGUUGACCCAUCGUCACGCGCAUGGUCCACUUUCUUAACACUUCUUGGUCUGGUUAAACCGACAAGUACGCCGGCGGCUAUACUAGACGGGAUACUUCGAUCGAUUCCCGAUCAGAUAGGAUUACGAUGGAUCCUCCUCUGGCUGAUUUACGGCCACCGGCCCUUAAGCAGUAUUGAACUUGCCUGCCUCUUGUGCCACUGCAACCGGACCGAAGGUGAUCAGUCCUUUCCCAGACCUGCUUAUGACGAGAUUGAAAAGGCCCACCGCCUCCUCAAGUCAUGGCUACCAGUCUUGGUUCACUUUGGCCCUAACCAAAUCUGUGUUCGAAAGGCCGUACGUGACAUACUUCUUGGUGAGAAUCCCCAAUAUAUGUGGAAUGAGAUAAAACCAGCUGUGCACCAGACAGCCCUCGACUUUCUUAGCGCCUACCUCGAUGAUAUGGAAGUUCGAAAUCGGCUGAGUGAGAUCUACGAUCAGUACUCUUCAAUUGGUGAUCCUGAAACCGAGCUCGUGCCUGCAGUACUGCCCAACGGCGAAGACCUUAUUUAUUACGCUACCACGGCAUUUCCAUAUCAUCUAGAGAAAAGUCCCCAAUCUUGGAAACAUCUAGAGCAGAUAUUCAGCAGCUCACCGGAGCAGCGCCUUGCGCCUUGGGCAAAGUUGUAUUGGGCUAUGAGCAACCCGUUUUCACGGCCGUCGAUGGAGAAACUCAGCUCGCCUUUAUCUGUUCUUCUUAAUACGAAGAGCCUCGAUCCAGCUUUUCGCAAGGCGUUGAAAAGUCUUAUGAAUACCACGGAUAGUGCAGCAUGGUCAUCAGACCCGUCCCUCAGCGAGUUCGCCCCUAUGAAUUGCUUAGUCCGCGCGAUGUCGAUUAGAGACGAGACUGCUGCUUUGAAGUAUAUCCAACGUAUCGUUACCAGAAAGAUUGAGGGCAGCGAAGGUGGUAAUGAUGCUGUCAUUACACCGAUACAAGCCGCAGCAGGGGAUGAUACUUGGCCGUCCAAAUUGCUGUGGAGGGCAACUUGGCUCAACAUGGAGCGUCUCGUUGACUUCCUCCUAGAGGCUGGGGUUUCUCCCGAUCCGAAAGAUGUGGUGUCCAAGCGAUAUCCCUCUCCAUUAUAUAUGGCCUCAGUUUUCGGCCACACUCGAAUCGCAGAACUACUACUACGAAGCGGGGCUGAUGCUGGUGUUUUGAGGGAAGACGGUGGUAUGCUACUUGCUGCUGCGGACAAUGGGCAUGCCGACACAAUCCGGGUCCUGGUGACACACAACCGUGGACUCCUGGAGUUGGAACAACCGAAUACCCCUCUCUACGGAGCAUCCUUAUGGGGGAAUUGGUUAGCAGCGAUGGUGCUUCUCGAAUUUGGCGCCCGUCCCAACUAUGUUCCCGCUGCGGACGGCUGGGCUCCCAUUAUCGCCGCGGCUGACUCUGGAUACGUCAGGACUCUCCAAGUUUUGCUCGAAAAUCAUGCAGACCCCAACUUAUGUGGCCCUGGUGGACAGGACACUGCGCUCUGGUGGGCUGCCAUGCGCUCUCGGAGUGUAGAAGCUGUUCGCACGCUUCUGGAAUAUGGUGCAGACCCCAACCAUGAGCUUCUCAAGCCCCCAUUGGUGGUUGAGCUAUGCAGUUCGUCGGAACUCAGUACAGAAUAUAAGGUCGCUCUCCUGGAUGCUCUUAUUAAUAGCAAAUCUCCAUUGGGUGUCGAUAAAGUAGACUCGCACGGAUCGACAGGCUUAGUCUGGGCCUCCAGCAGCGGGCACAUUCCUGUAGUGGAUUGGUUGCUAGCGCACAACGCCAAUGUGAGCCUCCUCAACGACGAGCAGCGCGGCGCGAUGCACUACGCUGUUGUGAACGGGCAUAAGGAAGUUGUUCGCAGAUUGCUCGAGCGGAAGCCCCCUCUGGACGUUUUGGCUGACACCGGCGAGACCCUCCUCCAAGUAUCAGUGCGCAAUGGCGAUAUGUUAGUCCGCAUGCUCCUAGACGCUGGUGCGAAUCCCGAGCAGGAGAAUGGUGAAGGCUUGACCGUCAUCAACACGGCGGUCGUACAGCAACAGUCCGACGUCGUGAAAUUGCUUAUUGAUCGAGGUGUGGACAUCAACCACCGCGACAAUGCAGGUUGGUGUCCUAUUCAUGACGCUUCAGGCCACCGUCCUAGUACAGAGAUAGUCCGGCUUUUUGCCGAAGCUGGUGUGAACCUGGAGGAAACUACUACGGCUGGUCAAGCCCCUCUCCACCUUGCCGCCAGCUUCCCUCAGCCAGAGAUAGUAACAUUGCUACUUGAGUAUCGCGGGAGGCUAGACAUAGAGCAACGCAACAAAGACGGAGAAACACCGCUCAUCAAGGCUGCUAUGGGUGGCAAUGUCGAAUGCAUUCACCGCCUCCUACGAGCAGGUGCCGACAUAAAUGCGCAGUGCUCAGUUGGAUGGACACCAUUAAUGAGUGCAUUGAACUCUGCAGACUGUGAUGAUGCAGUCAGCUUCCUUCUAUCCCAGCCGGGGAUAGAUAUAACCAUUGCCUCCAAGAAACACGGCGCAGCCCUUCACAUAGCAUGCUCAAAUCUUCAUCUCGAGGUGGUCAAGAAACUGCUCGAUCAUGGUGCCGAUAUCAACCAGCUGCUUCCCGGUAUCAGGCCCACUCCUCUAAUGGCAGCCUGUAUGCCAGCCGAGAUCCUCGACUCCGAGACUCGAAGCGAAUUCCUCGAUAAAAUUGACCGGCUCGUUCGGACCUUGAUAGACUGCGGUGCGGACGUAAAGGCUACCUACAGCACCCCCAUAUCUACCCUUUUGUGUGCGGCUGCUCAAUUCGCCGCUCCAAGCACAAUCAACUAUCUAGUCGGCAAAGGUCUUUCUCUCAGAGAUCCAGGCUGUCUUCGCCGGCUUCCCAUCCAUUAUGCUGCCGUCAAUGGCCGCGAAAACUUCGAGGCAGUGUUCCAAAGCGACGGUGAUCUCUUGUCUACAGACGUUGCAGGGAAAAACGCUCUUCAGUGGGCUGCUCAAUUCGGCCACGUCCGAACAGUAGAGAUGAUUCUUGCCCAUGCUCGUACCCAAGAAGAACGACAAAAGCGCAUUAAUCAACCUGAUAUUGACGGGUGGACGGCUCUCUGCUGGGCUCUCCGGCCACACACUGUCGCGAAUGCCGAGAUAUAUUCCGAGCCCUAUGACAUUACUCAAACAGUUCAGGUUCUGAUCGAAGAAGGCGCUGAUACGUCUAUAUCCUUCCGCAUGGGCGCGGAAGGUGAGCUAUUUACCGUGCUUGAGCUGGCUGAGUUACAUAGUGCGUCUGAUGAAAUCAUUACCAUUCUCAAGGAUGCAGAGGCCGCUCGCAUUGCUAGCAGCGAUGGCACUGGGAACGGUGUCAUAGCACGGUCUGUCCGGCCCUACCAAGAACAAGGGUACAGUUGCGAUAUUUGCCUCAGUACAAUUUGGGGCCCUGUAUACGAAUGUGAGACGUGUCUUGACUUCACUGCUUGCAAGAAAUGCCAUGGGCGGAUCAACCUCUACCACGGACACCUGCGCCUGGAGAACGGGGAACCACACGCUUUUAAGUUGAUUGUAGAAGCAGAUCCGGAGAUGCUUGAUCCGCAGGGGCAGGGGUCUCUAUCUCCGAGAAAUUCGAGGAAGAACUCAGAAGUGGACAACCGGUCAGGGAGUAAAGGAGAUGGGGUUGGAGAUGGCGAUGCAGUUGUUGUUGAUGGUACCAUGGAGGCGAUUAUGAAUUUUUCGGUCGAUGAUGAUAUUACGGAAAUCGGUGCCGACGACGGCGCUUCAAUAAGGAUGGGGAGGAGUCCUUGA